UGCUUCACCAAUAUAACUUUGGCCUUCUUCCACUCACUGUGUAUGUAAAAAGACUGCCUAGAGUCUCUUCAGUUAGUCUCUGCCUGUCCGACCGCUGCAACACUCGGGAUACUGUAAGAAUGUCGGAUCAGUCGGUCUUUGAUGUGGACGUAUGGACCCUCACUCGUUUCGUGAUGGAGACGGGGCGGAAGGCGAAGGGGGCCACCGGAGAACUCACACAGCUCAUCAAUUCCAUGUUAACAGCUAUUAAAGCUAUUUCAUCUGCUGUCAGGAAAGCUGGACUUAUUCAUCUUCAAGGCAUUGCCGGGCAUGUGAAUGUCACAGGUGACGAGCAGAAGAAGUUGGAUGUGCUUUCCAAUGAUCUGAUCAUCAACAUGCUGCAGGCCUCUUAUGGCACCUGUUUGAUGGUUUCCGAGGAGAACAAGGAUGUCAUCUACACUCCUGCUGAGAAAAGAGGAAAGUAUAUAGUCUGCUUUGAUCCUCUGGAUGGCUCCUCCAACAUUGACUGUUUGGCCCCCAUAGGCACCAUCUUUGCCAUCUACAGAAGGGCCUCAGAUGGAGAACCGAGUGACAAGGAUGCCCUACAGCCAGGCAAUCAGAUCGUGUGUGCGGGUUACGCUCUUUACGGCAGCGCCACGCUAGUGGCUCUCACGACAGGAGCUGGAGUUAACUUCUUCAUGCUGGAUCCAGCGAUUGGAGAAUUCAUUCUGACAGACAGAAAUGUGAAGAUCAAGAAAAAGGGGAAGAUUUACAGUAUCAACGAGGGCUAUGCUAAGUACUUUGAACCUGCAGUCACUGAGUAUUUAAGGCACAAGAAAUACCCAGAGGAUGGUAGUGCCCCGUAUGGUGCCAGGUAUGUUGGGUCGAUGGUGUCUGAUAUACACCGUACCAUCGCCUAUGGUGGCAUAUUCAUGUACCCAGCCAAUGAGAAGAGUCCAAAAGGAAAGCUGAGGUUGCUGUACGAGUGUAACCCCAUAGCCUUCCUGAUCGAGCAGGCCGGAGGCAUCGCCACGACAGGCACCCAGCGCGUCUUGGAUAUUAUUCCCGAGUCACUGCACCAGAGGGCACCCUUUGUGGUGGGCUCUCCAGAUGAUGUGGAGGAGUACUUGUCCUUUGUCAAGAAACAGAAAAAAUAAGAGAUUUCGGUUGUGAUUUGAUCCACUGAAAACCCACAUGACAUCGAGUUGAAUACAAAACAUCACAGUAGCUUUUUUUUUUUUAAAUAGUAGAAGCAAUGCUUUUGUAAACAGAAUCACAUUAAAUUUCCAGUAUUUUAAGUCAUUUUUUCUUUCCUUAUUUCACAAAAUCGCACAUUUGAGGUCUUUCAGUUCAGAUUUAGUCUUCUACCCCUUUCGCAAUCUGUCUUUCUUCCUCGCUUAUGUUAUGUGAACAUUAUGUGCCUUCAGCAAUGUGCUGUUUGUUAGUUGGUUUACACCCACUCAUUCUCACAGACCCCUCCCUACUAGUACAAGAGCCAAAACCCUAGUAAUCUCCACCCCACAAGUCUUAGUUUGCUGGUCAUGAUGGCUGCCCGUGUAAUGGCUACAUGCCAAGAGAUAAACAAAUUGUAUAAACAUUGUAUUGCGAGAGCAAAUGAACAGCCCUCCAUGUUAAUAUUCACCUCCUGAAGAUCACAACACAUACAGUGAAGAAAAAAUAGAAUGUGACGUGGUAUGUCUGGAAAACGUUUUUUUUUUUUUUUUUUUUUUUUGAAGCUCCCGUGAACAUGACACUGAUCCCAGAUAUGCUGCUGGAUAUGUUUAAGCUUGAGAAAGCAGUACUGAAAAGCAGUACCAUUCAGUCAUGAACAGUAAACUUCCUGUUUUAAUAGGCUAAGGGCACACUAGUUUUUGAUUUUCUGUUUGCUCAUGUCAGUCAACAAAAUGUCAUAGUGAGGUGAUUGGAAUAAAUUUGUUUUGCAAAUGAUAUGUAAAGUUACAGUAAACUAUGCACAAUAUUGUUCAAAAGUUUGGGAUUGUUUUUGAAAGAAGUCUCUUAUUCUCACCAAGGCUACAUUUAUUUGAUCAAAAAUACAGUGAAAGCAGUACUAUUGUGAAAUAUUAUUACAAUUUACAAUCUGUUUUUGAUUUUAAUAUAUUUUAAAAUGUAAUUUUUUCCCUGUGAUGUCAAAGCUGAAUUUUCAGCAGUCUUCACUGUCAGAUGAUUCUUCAGAAAUCAUUCUAAUAUGAUCUGAUUUGGUGUUCAAGAAAAAAAAUAUGAACUUUUGAACAGUAGUGGGCAAAAUUAUGCUAUAUUUAAAACUACAGGAAGAAUAUAAAUCCAAGACAAACGGUAACAGUUACAUUUUUAAAUGUUUAAUUGAUCAUACAGAAAGUAGAAAUAAAAAACACAUUUGUACAUUGUGACUUACACUAAAGAACAUGUAUUUACACUGAGGCAAAAAUCAACUAAAUCAAUGCCAUUAAAAUGACCAAAAAACAA